UCAUAGACAAAAACUUCAUUUUCCGUCUAACUAGGUUACUUACAUUUGUUCUAACUGAGUCAUGUUUGUUUUGUAGCGAACUGUUGUCAUGGAGUCUACUUUUGUUAAAGAGAAAACAUGAUGGAUUUACGGUGCACUUGGUAACAUGAAAAUGCGUAGCAAUAAUAUAAUUUAGCCACGUAGACGGUGAAUGUAGAUUUCAUUAGUGUUUCAUAACCUAAGCUUUCUUUCCUUUUUCAUUAAAAGAAGAAUAACAUUCGAUUGCAGCAAUGGUAGCAAAAGACAAUUGCACACUUCCAAAGAAUAAGAGUUACUUUAUUUAAGUUUGCUCGGCCUACUUGCUGAGUUAAGUUGCUUAGUAACGCGAUCACGUGCCAGUGGGCAGGAUGGUAUCGCAAGUUGUACCGUGUUGAUUAGAGAAUUAUUGCGAUUUGUGUUAUUCAUUCCGUUGUUCAUUCCCAGUCCUUUUCGCGCUCUUUAAAAGCAGGCGACAGCCCGGUUUUUCGUCACACACAACUAAAGAGCGCUCGACUGAAAUUAUAACUGCAAGGACAGAAAACUGCUUUGAGGUGUAGACACGAAAUAAAACUAUCAUUAGUCUGAGGGAAACAUGUACGAAAGUAUGCCAUGGUGCAUUUUUUUGAUGUGGUUGUCAUGGCUACAUUGUAUAUAUGGACAAAAUUGCGCGUGGAAGGAAGUACGUUACAGUGCGAAAUAUUUAGAUGAAAUCAUUGUACGUCAACUGCCAAAUAUUGACUUCACUUGGAGUAUCGAUGCAGAUAGCAACGAUAUCGUUAUCAGGUAUACAGAUGAACUUGCUGGAAAGGUAACAUUCGAAAGUAAAUCAGUCACCAUAGGAUAUCUUAACAACAAUAACAAUAACAACAACAACAACAACAACAACAACAACAACAACAACAACAACAACAACAACAACAACAACAAUAACAAUAAUAACAACAAUAACAACAACAACAAUAACAACAACAAUAUCACACCCGUCCCUCUUGUUGGCAGUCAUUCCUCAAAACUAUCAAGUCAAAUAUUAACAUUUGUUUUAAUGUUUCUAGCAUUUCUUGUAACCAAUGAUAAAAACCAAUCAAUCCUCUUAGUUAUCUUCUGCCUACUUGCUGUUACAUUCUGUGCCGACCAACCAACUGUUUGUACCAAAGAGACCAUUCAUGUUAUCAUCCCAACAAAAUUUAUAAAGAAAAUUUGCUUACAAAACACCACAUGUGUUCCGUUGGUUUGCCAACUCCAUUCCACCUCUUCCUACAGCAACAUACCAUCUGAUAAUUCUGUCUUCUUCACUGAUAACUUAUGCACUGUCAGAAAACCACCACGAUGGGAUGAAUGGAUAAAAUAUCAUUUUGAUGUAGAUAGCCACCGCGAUGAAUUUUACUUUCAAGAUUUCGAUAACGACGGUUUAGUCAACCUUGUGGAAUAUUAUGCAAACGUAUCUUACUAUAAUUCGUCAUCCACUCAAAGUUCAAAUGGUUCUGUCAGUGCUAUUGGCACAAACCCACUCAACGCUGACACUGAUAAUGACAAACUGCUUGACGGAUAUGAAUACAACUUUCGCAUGAAUCCUACUGUAUAUGACCAUCCAGAAGCAGAUUAUGACGGUGAUGGUAUCAGUAAUGAAAUGGAGCAAAAGUAUGAAACGAAUCCCUUACAGGCUGAUUCAGAUGGAGAUGGCGUCGGAGACAAAUAUGAGAUUGAAAACUUUGCCAACCCUAAUGACAUAUCUGAUCGUGGACAAGCUGAGAUCAGUUUGCAACACGCUUAUGUCAGAUUGGCUGUUGGGGAUGAUAGUAGUAGUGGUUCGGAAAAGUACAAAAUGACAGUUGGGGAGUAUACACUGUCUUCGGUGUAUUACCAUGUUGUCAACAAAAUAUUUUUGUUCAAGCCUGGCACGUAUAAAAUUACCGUAGAUCAUGUUAAAUCCAAACUGCACGUACCCGACCAUGAUUUAAAGACCAGCGUGACGCAGAUUGGUGGUUUAGCUUCGAUGAAGAUUAUUGACAACUACAAUCUUUUAGGUCAUUAUCGUGAUUUUGAUAUUCACAAUCUAACAAGGAAAGUUGCGUGGUUGGUUAUUGAAAGGAACUGCAAAGUAAAGUCGAUUCAGGGUGAAAAGGUUUGUUCAUGUAUCGAAAAUUGCAAUGAUUGUCGCAGUGAAUCACAUUGCGCUUGGGAUAAUACCGAGAAAUGCAAAAAAAAGAGAGCCUGGGAAUAUGCAACAAAUGUGUUGAAGCCAAGCAGUUGUGGCUGUAACAAAUGCAGUGUUUGGUACAAGAGUGAAAGACAAAACGCAACAUGGUUAAGUGAUCUAAAUCAGAACUUUAAAUGCCCCUGCAAAGUGAGAAGCAUUCCAUUUUUUACCAAGCUUACAAAACUUCAGGAGUUGGAUAAUCCAUCAAAUAAACGGUGGAUACCAGAUUCCACGUGCAGAGAUAAAGGUCUUCCUUCAUGUCAGACAUUUAAACCUGGUGCUAAUGGAUGUUUAGUAUCAGCUGAAGCAAGCUCCUAUGGAGCUAGACAACAAUGUUGUUAUGAUGGUAAUGGAAAUAUAAUACAUGCUGGGCAACCAGGAGCUGGUACUCCUCAAAAAUCUUUCGAUUAUUUUGCGCAUCAGUCAAAUGAUGUUGAAACUUACAAUUCUUGUUGUAAGAAUUGUUAUGCUUCGCAGCAAUGUCAACAUUACCGAAAUGAAGUACGAAAAGGAGACACCUCGCAUUGCGUUUAAGAUACUUACAGAUAAAACUUUAUGCUUGACGAUAGUUAUAUGUUAUAGCUAAUUUCUUGUAAUUACAGUGUUUAUAUCUAUUUAUUUUAUUUAACUUACAUUUUAGUAAUUAUAGUGUUUUUUAUUAUGACAGGUCGUAGUAAAAAUAUUUAUGUCAUUAAGUUCUCGAUAAAGAAAAUAUUUAAUUGGUACCAAAGCAUUUACGGAAUAAGUUGGACUAGAAGAAUGUUUCACUAAUGUGAUUGUCUUUGAUAAUUUGUGUAAUUUAUUAUUCAGAUUUUAAUUCAGUAGUAAUAGUUCAAAUGUAAAUAUUACUGAAGACAUACGCCCUAUUAGUUAACCACCUUCGAGCGCUUUCUCAAUGUUUUUUGACAAUAUCCAAACUUGUCUGUUGUUGUUAAUUAGACUGAAUUGCCAAAUAUUAUUAUGGAAAAUUCGUAAACAUAUUUUCUUUUUGAUUGUUCUGUUGAUGUAUAUACAUAUACGUUACGGGGAUUGUGCUAAAUUCAGGAAUUAUGCAUAUU